AUGCCAAGGAAACUAUCAAAGAACCCUCUGCCUCCGAGCUCCUCCACGCUGUCCUCGAUGUCUUCAGCAUCAGGGGCUUCCUCUCUCCUCCCAUCCGCCCUCGCCGAUCCGUCGCUUCCGCUACCAAAACUCAUCGUCUUCGAUCUUGACUAUACGCUCUGGCCUUUUUGGAUUGAUACCCACGUCACGCCGCCCUUGAAACCCAAUUCCUCCCACACGAGCGCCACGGACCGCUAUGGCGAAGACUACGGCUUCUUCAGCGAUGUGCCCGCCAUUCUCUACGCGCUUCCUCGUGCAGGCAUAAAGAUCGGUGUCGCGUCACGGACAAGUGCACCUAGUCUUGCGCGCGAUCUGUUAAAGAUGCUGCACAUCCCCGCGCCCGAAGGCAACACUAAGGAAAAGCCCAAGAAGGCGCUUGAUAUGUUUGAUGGCUUGUUGGAGAUUUACCCUGGGUGUAAGAUCAAGCAUUUUGAGAGUCUGCAGAAGAGAACUGGGAUCAAGUACGAGGAUAUGCUGUUUUUUGACGACGAGGCGAGGAAUAGAGAUACUGAGAGUUUGGGAGUGACGAUGUGUCUUGUUAAAGAUGGUGUUACAUGGGAUGAGCUUGAGAGGGGUGUAACGCAGUGGAGAAAUAAGAGAGGAUACAUCAAGAGACCUGAUGCUAUCGAGUUGGAAUGA